AUGUCUGGCCUUGUCGGCACAACGGUGGCGUCUGAAAUCCUGACUGAUGUCGUUACCCUGGUCACGUUAGCAGGAGACGGUGAGGACAUCGUCCUGUCGAGUCCUUAUUCUCCGGACGUAGUCGUUGUAUUAUCCUUGGUCAUAGCUGUGAUCAUCUUCAUGACCGUCGUCGGGAAUCUCUUCGUCGUCAUCGCGUUCUGCACGACAACCAAACUCCGCACUUACAACAACUAUUUCAUUUUGGGUCUGGCCAUCGCCGACCUGUUAGUCGGUGCAGUCGACAUGCCUCUGUUCGCCAUCGUCAUCAUCACGGGACGAUGGCCCUUCAGUGCCGUCUUCUGCGACAUCUUUACCUUCCUCGACCACGCUUUCACACAUACGAGCAUCGUACUCGUAACCCUCAUCAGCCUCGAUCGUUGCGUUGCUGUAUCGGACCCCUUUCGAUAUCGUCAACACUGGCGACGACGGUCCCGUGCAGUCCUAAUCAUCGCCAUCGGUUACAUUCUCCCGUUCAUCGUCUGGUUACCUGCGACGACUCUCUGGCAGAUCAUCAGCGGCAAUGACAAAAGGCCCUUUCCUGAAGAUGUCUGCGAACCUUUGUUCUUCCAGAGUGUCAUUGCAAGCUUUGCCCUGCCCAUCGUUUACUUAUUCGUCCCCUUUAUCCUAACCACUGCCUUUUGUGCCAAAAUUUACGCCGUCAUAAGAAAAUUCUACAAAGGGCGAAAGAAGAUGAGGCUUGCAACCGGGAUCGCGCAGUCUCUGUCUUCCGGUGUCGACCGGCCAAGUGAUCCUGGAACUAGUAACAUAACUGCAUCGGUACAGACAUCAGCUGCGACUGAGAGUGUUGUUGUAAAGAAAGACGUAAAAAAGACAACAAAGGAAAUCGGAACUGAGAGCAAGAAAGGUUUGCCAUAA